AUGAGGCGAAUCGCAGCUCGAUUGAUCUGGAAAUCGCCGGUUCGCGGAAAGUGUUGGUUUGGUGGCGAUGAUGGGAAUUCGCGCCUCGGGAUGAGAGGAGGGGUGCAGGGGAUCUUUGCUCCGCCAAGCAAACAAAUGGGAUCAGCAUCGUCCACGCUCUCCUCCAAUGGCAACGCGCCACCUGCGACGACCGCUUCCGCACCAUCGUAUGGAGUAUUCGGGUCGGCUGGCGCCGCGUCAGGCGGCCAGCUGUUCGUGUCGCUGCGUCUAGUCGACUCGCAUCCGUCGUCCCCGUUAGAAUCCGCCGCGUUAGAUUCACCGCAGGAGUCGGGCCCAUCGCAGCUCGUUCCGCAUGUGGUCGGCGCGCAUCCCCUGGUCGGCGCGUGGGACCCGCUCGCUGCGGUGCCUAUGGAGCGCGAUUCGCUAUGCGCGUGGCAGCUGAACGUGGUGCUGCCAGCACAGCACGCGCCGUUGGAGUUCAAGGUGGUGCUCAAGACGGUGGGCGGCAUGAUCAUGCUCGACGACCCCUGCCUGCUAGAAGAGGGCCCCCCGCGCCAAAUCAUCGCCGGACACCUGGCAGGCCCUGAUUCGUCCCGCCCCGCCCGGUUCCUCCUUAGGGACCUGUGGAAGAAGACAGAGGGGCGCGGGGGGGAAGGGGGGAGCAGCAGCGCGGUAGGGGGAAGCGUAGGGGGAAGUGCGGGGGAGAGCGCAGGGGGGAACGCGGGGGAGAGUGGGGAGGAGGUGGCGUUUCCUGUGGAGAUGAGUGCGAGGGCAGUGUCGCCGUUUGUACUGGCAGCGGCGUGGAAGCUGUACGAUGGGGCUAUCUCAUCGCAGGGCACACUGGUGCGCGGCAUUCCCGAUGUCUGCGCCGACGCUUUGCCCCUGCCCACCCCCUCCCAUGCGUCACCCGUGCUCGCUCCACUGCUGUCAGACUCACUCGUGGACUACGAGGUGCCGCCUCCACCACACAAGGUCCCUCUCUACGCAGCAGACGCCACAGAGGACCCGCGCUUCCUGCGCCAGUCCGCGGACGCGCCCCUCUCCGCGUCGCUCUCCCUCUCCUCCGCCAGUCCUGGGGCCGCCAGUGUGGGUGGUGCGGCGGUGACGAGGGUGAGCAGUGCGCCGCACAGCACGGGGCACACGCCGCAGCAGUCGCCCUCGCCCAUGAUGCGAUCGGUUGUCUCCAUUAAGGACCUAGUGCUGCUGGGCGAGGAGGAGCAGUCUCGCAUGGACCAAGCAGCACUGGCAGCAGCGGCAGCAGGGGAGCACGCGCAUGAGCCGGGUGCAGCAGGAGAGGACGUGUCAGCGGCAGCUGCUGCUGCUGCCGGGCUGGUCCAGCAUCCGCGGCUGUCGUUCCCUGAGGACCUGCCAGAGGCGGCGGGAGCGGUGGCGGCAGCAGCAGCAGCGGAGAGGCUGCUGGGACCCAAGGAGAGGCGCCGCCUCGCUAUCAUCAUGGUCGGGCUGCCAGCGCGCGGCAAGACGUUCACAGCAGCCAAGCUCACGCGCUACCUGCGAUGGCUGGGCCACGAGACAAAGCACUUCAACGUCGGCAAGUAUCGGCGACUGAAGCUGGGAGCCAGCCAGACAUCGGAUUUCUUCAGAGCCGACAACUAUGAAGGCAUAGAGGCCCGCAACGAGGUGGCAGUAGAAGCAUUUACGGACAUGCUCGCAUGGAUGGACGAAGGCGGGCAGGUGGGCGUGUUUGACGCCACCAACAGCACCAGGGCGCGCCGCAACAUGCUGCUGGAGCUUGCAGAACACAAGUGCAAGGUGAUAUUCCUGGAGUGCAUCUGUGACGACGCGGCUGUGAUCGACCGCAACGCACGGGAGAAGAUCAAGGCGUCCCCGGAUUACACCAGCAUUGCGUCGCACCCCAUGGCGCCAUGCCCCAUGCCUCGUAUUGAUGACCACAGGGCCGACGCCGAGACUGCUCUCAAUGACUUCCGCUCGCGCCUCGACAACUACCAGCAGGUGUACGAGCCGGUGGAGGAGGGGUCAUACAUCAAGCUCAUCAACAUGGUCUCAGGCUCCUCAGGCCAGCUGCAGGUGAACAACAUCAGUGGAUACCUCCCUGGCCGCAUUGUCUUCUUCCUCCUGAACACGCACAUCACCCCGCGUCCGGUGCUGCUGACAAGGCAUGGGGAGAGCAUGGACAACGUACGAGGCAGAAUAGGAGGCGACCCCCUGCUGAGCCCAGCAGGAGAGAUCUACGCGGAGAAGCUAUCCGAGUUUGUGCACAAGCGCCUGCGCAACGAGCGCCUCGCAUCCGUGUGGACCAGCACUCUGCGUCGCACCAUCCGAACCGGCCGGCACAUCGCAGGGUUCCCCAAGGUGCAAUGGAGGGCGUUGGAUGAAAUAGACGCGGGAGUGUGCGAUGGCAUGACAUACCUUGAGAUUCGCCAGAGCAUGCCCGAUGAAUACCGAUCGCGCAAGGCGGACAAGCUGCGGUACCGCUACCCACGGGGGGAGUCGUACCUGGACGUCAUUCAGAGGCUAGAGCCUGUGAUAAUAGAGCUGGAGAGGCAGAGACACCCUGUCGUCAUCAUUGCGCACCAGGCGGUACUGCGAGCGCUCUAUGCAUACUUCAUGGACAAGCCGCUGAGGGAGGUUCCUCACAUCGAGGUGGGACGCCCCUUCUUCCCCACCCCCCUUGCCUUCAUGCAUCACCGCAUCACGCACACUCUCACGGUUGCUUCCAUUCCCCGUGUCGCCUUCACUCACGCCGCAACCCCUCCGUGUCCUCUGUGUGUGUGUGCGUGGAGCAGAUGCCACUGCACACCAUUAUAG